AACACCGCAGCACCACCGCAGGUCGCGAACAAAACAUUUAACAGUGCGUUGCUGGAUGGAGAGUCCCGAUAAAAAUGAGAUUUCUGUACUUAAUCUUCGCUUUACUGGGCGCAAAUCACGCGAACGCAGUUCUUGAGUACACGCUGAUUAGUCAAAAAAUAUGCGACCCUCUGGCGAAAAAGAGAACCAUCAAGCUCGGGAACAGCGACCGAUCGGCGCUACAUGUGACGGACGGUCGGCUCUUCAACUCCUGGACGGGCUCUUCAGCCUUUGACUGCGUGUUUGAGAUCCAGGCCAUUUACAAAGAUGAGCUGGCCGUCGUCAUCCAGAAUCUCAGCCUGCGCCGGGACCCCAUCACCAACGAAUGCAUCGACUACGUGCAGUUUAGAAAGGAGGACAAGACUUACUCGGACAAGUACUGCGGCGAAAUGAACGCCCGCAAGUCUACAAUGGUCACGACUGACGACGAACGAAUCUUAGAAAGCUCUUAUUUGCACUUUAAGGACGAUUUGACCGUGAUGAUCCACAUAGAGAAAAGACCUCUGGAGCCCGGAGAGAAACUGGAUGUUGACAUCGUUUUCACCUCUUUCAAAAUGUGCUCUGAAAAGGUUGAAAACUAUGCUCCAUGUGGAAUGACAAAAAUGUGCAUUUGGGAAGGACAUUUCUUUGAUGGCCGACUGAACUGUCCCUACUAUGGGUGCUUAGAUGAAAAGUUCUGCUGGGAUGAAAAUGCAAAACCAAAAUAUCAUAUCAACUCCGAGCUUAAUCUCAUGUUCAUCUUUGUGACGGCUGCCAUUUUGGUUGUCCUUGUUGUUUGGAUGUACCUCAAGUGCCGGGCGUCUUUCCUUGACGAAAGCAUCCCUCCGGAGGCAAGAUGCGCCACGCCAUGUGCUACCGCUCCACCCCUGGAAGACCCGAAAGACGCUCCUCCUUCAUACGACAGUUUGUUCCCUGACCCAGCAGACCGGCCAGAACAGGGUGCCGAAGCCGCACUUUUGAUGCAGGCCACCGUCUUGAACGAGACCGCCGGGCCUAAUUCAGCUCAACGGCCUACUUAAGCAACUACUCACAAUAUUAUGCAGUCACUUAAUUUAAGCUUCUGAUCUGGACUGGCCUUAGAAUCUUAAUUUUUUUUAGAAAAUUUAUCUUUAACAAGUGGUUGGAUCUCAAGCAUUAGUAUUUUUCUGAAAAGUUACGCUUGGAUUGGUUUCAUAAACAGUCUUCCACGGAUAAAUCAGGCGUGUCAAAUGUAGGCAGACCAGCGGUUUUAAAUACUUUUAUGAUCCGAUAUGUUUUUUUAUAAUUAAAUUUUUCUCUAUCCAGUCUGCAGAAAUUAUUUCUUUAUUGAAGACUGAGAGGUGUUUUGUGUUUCAAGACUUUCUUUGCCUUUUCCUACUUAACUUUCAAAGUCUCUUCCAAAGUAUUAAAUGAAAUUAACCUCUCAAUAGAACUUGCCAGAAGUUCUGCAAAAGUUGUAAAUAGUUUAAGUUACCUAUUUGAAAAUCUGAAGAAGUGUUUAUGUGAAGCUGUGCCUUGUUGAUGAGCAGACACACGUUUUAAGAAGUGGCCGAGAAAGGAAAAUUUAGAUGUUUGCAAUCUCAAAUUGAAACAAAAACCUGUGUACUUAAUAUUCUGAUUUCAUGCAGCAGGAUUUCUCAAAAUAAUGCCGAUUAUUUAGGUUUAUUGCGGUUGUUCUUGUCAUUGAUUGCAUCUCAUUCCACCACAUGCAACAAAUCUGGGCCAUAUUAUACAUGUGUGUUAUUAUGUAAUUUUUACUUAAUCGUCACAUUUCUUAAGAACAGAAGUAAGCAAAGGAAGAUCUGAUUUUGUGAAAUAAUGUAAUAAUUUCUUGAUCUUUAAUUCUUUAAUCAGUCUACUGCAGCUCAGAAACUUUGAGAUUUGUGAGCUCUGUGAUUCUUUUUAUUUUGAUUAUUAUAUUAUAAUGGCAAACGACACAAAUCAUAGAAAUAUGUAUAAUGUAAUUCUUAAAAUUAUAAUAAAACGUUAUCAAAUUUCAAAAUGUA